AUGGAAUGCUCCCCAUUCCAUCGUUGCGGCUCCUGCUGGCCCGACAACUGCUUCGCACUCCAAAACUACACUCGAUACUAUGUGAAAGAGUACGCCCAGAUUAACGGUACCAACCCUGAAGACACGCGCAAUAAGAUCAAGGCUGAGCUGCAGGCUCGAGGCCCGGUUGCAUGCGCCAUUGGAGCCACCAAGAAGUUUGAGUACGAAUACACCAAUGGAGUUUACUCGGAGGAGAGCAACCUGGAGUCGAACCACAUCGUGACGGUGUCAGGAUGGGGAGUCGAAAAUGGCACCGAGUACUGGACGGUUCGCAACAGCUGGGGAGAUGCCUGGGGAGAGACCGGUUGGUUCCGCGUUGUCACUUCUUCCUUCAAGGAAGGAAAUGGCGACAAAUGGAAUAUGGGCAUCGAAAGGGAGUGCUACUAUGCCAUCGUUGAUGCCUCGAACCUG